CACUCCACGCAGCGACCACCCAGGAUCCAGUUAGCGGAGAGCGCGAAACAGAGUGGAAGGAGGCUGGAGCAGUUCUUCUUCUAUCCCACUGCCUUUCCCACCGCUGCAUUGUUUAUCCUUUAAAGAGUUUAAGCUUCUUUCUCUCCCCACCACCACCCAGUCAUCAUACUCACCAUCACCGUCUCUUUCCAAGCCAUUUAUACCAUGAACCUGUGCUUUUCUGGUUGCUAGGAAGGUGAAAUCGAGCUCCCAGGAGUGGACGAGGCGGUACUUUGUUACUAAGAGACAGAAAGAGAGCGAGACAGAGAUACCAAGCAUGGCUCAGGCCUCUCAGGACCAAGGAGCAGUGGGCAUUGCAGACCCAGAUGAGGAUUCUCCCAACAUGAUUGUUUACAGGAAGAUUGAGGAUAUCACCACACGCCUCCAAGAUGAGACUGAAGGUGUGCCUGUCAGAACAGUCAAGAGCUUCCUGUCCAAGAUUCCCAGUGUUGUUACAGGUUCAGACAUUGUUCAGUGGUUGAUGAAGAACCUCUACAUAGAUGAUCCUGUGGAGGCCAUACACAUUGGCAGCCUGAUCGCUGCUCAAGGCUACAUCUUCCCAAUCUCUGAUCAUGUUCUCACCCUUAAGGAUGAUGGAACAUUUUACCGCUUUCAGGUCCUUCCUGCAAUAGAAAACCUUUCUGCUCCAUACUUUUGGCCAUCUAAUUGCUGGGAGCCAGAAAAUACAGACUAUGCCAUCUAUCUGUGCAAGCGGACCAUGCAGAACAAGACCAGGCUGGAGCUGGCAGACUAUGAGGCAGAGAAUCUAGCAAGGCUACAGAGGGCUUUUGCCAGGAAGUGGGAGUUCAUCUUCAUGCAGGCUGAGGCACAGGUCAAGAUCGACAGGAAAAAAGACAAGACGGAUAGAAAGAUUCUGGACAGUCAGGAGAGAGCCUUCUGGGAUGUUCAUCGACCUGUGCCAGGGUGUGUCAACACCACAGAGAUGGACAUCAGGAAAUGUCGCCGCCUGAAGAAUCCUCAAAGAGUGAAAAAGUCAGUGUAUGGUGUAGUGGAUGACACACAGACGCAGAGUCCUGUACACACACCAUUACAACAGAGCAACAAGGACACCAAAGAAGGCGUAGAGAAAGAAAUUCUGUUCUUAAACACUCAGUUGGAUCGGCACUGUAUGAAAAUGUCCAAAGUAGCUGAGACGUUGAUGACCUACACAGAGCAAUAUCUUGACUAUGACCCCUUCGUGUCAGUACCAGAGCCAUCCAAUCCCUGGGUUGGUGAUGACAUCACUUUCUGGGAGCUAGAGGAAAGUAAGGACCCGAGUCAACAGCGAGUAAAGAAGUGGGCUUUCUCAUUGGACGAGGCUUUAAAGGAUCCUGUGGGCCGUGAGCAGUUCCUUAAAUUCUUGGAGUCUGAAUUCAGCUCUGAGAACCUCCUGUUCUGGUUGGCUGUGCAAGAUCUGAAGUCCCGCCCCCUGCAGGAAGUGGUAGCUCGGGCUCAGGAGAUCUGGGAAGAGUUUCUUGCUGAGGGAGCUCCCAAUGCCAUCAAUCUGGACUCGCAUAGCUAUGAGCGCACCAGUCAGAACCUAAAAGACCCUGGCCGCUAUAGCUUUGAAGAUGCCCAGGACCACAUCUACAAGCUGAUGAAGAGUGACAGCUACCCUCGUUUCUUGCGCUCCAAUGCUUACCAGGACCUCCUGUUGGCCAAAAAGAGGCUUGAGACUGACCAAGGCCGCCGCACCUCCCUGGAGAAAUUCACUCGCAGUGUGGGCAAGUCUCUGACAAGUAAACGACUGACGGGCCUCAUGCAGUCCUCCUGACGAUUCCUGGCUUUUAAGAAGUCUGGUUCCCUCCAAAGAAACUGCAGUUUGUUGGGGUGGAAGCAUUGUGGCUAUGGGCCACAUGUAUGGACCAGCCUCUCUCCAAAACCCAUCCAAAUGUUGCACAGCUACCGACCCUAGAUGGCAGCAUGCAAUAAGUCCAAAAAAAUGUACAAACUGCGACAGUGUUGUCUGUGUUUAUUAAAUCAGUACCAGAAUGACUGCAUACAUGAAUAUCAGAUUUCUUAGUACCAUCUAGAGCAACUUAAGUUUAUUUGAUAUCUAUACCCAGACAGGGGCAAAGACAGGACACCAACUCAGCCCUUUCAUUAUCAGUUUUGAAAACAUGAUGUGUCAUGUUUAGGGAUGCAGUAGCCAAUGUCAAGGACAUGUCAACGGGAAGUAUUGGAAGAAGAGAGGAUGUGUCUCAAAUCUUCAGAGCAUUCCAAAGGAGUUUUCAAAAGAGAAAAUGAUAAAGGGCUUGCAGUGUGGGUUUUCCCUCGGUUAAGGUUUGCACAGAACAUUUCAUACUCUCUCGUCACAUUCUUUUUGUGAAAUGGUGGUUGAAUAUGAAGUGUGAAUGUUGGAGGGGUUUCCACACAGCUCUGUGUUAUUUUAAUAUUUCAAUAAUUUCCUGCCAUUUUGGAGACUGUACCCUGUUGAUGGAGAAUAAUUUAUUCUGUGUCUACAGGCCAUGUUGUAUUCAACUAUUAGCACAUGAUGUAAUACUUCUAACAGAGAUGUGAGCAACGAGGAGAGAUGGCUUUUAGACUUAAUUGAGAAAUUAAAGUAGUAGAUGCAUGCUCACAGAUUUUCAACCAGGACAAUAAAGUGUGUCAGUAUUUCAGGAUGAUUCAUAUAGUGCACAGGAUAUUCCUUUGCACAAAGAUUGCACCAAUGGAAUACACUGGGUGCCAGAGAUAUACAUUUAUUGCAUUUGGAAGAUGCUUAUAUCCAAAGUGACUUUCUGUGCAUUGAAGCUAUACAGUUGAUCAGUAUGUGUUGCCUUGGAUUCGAACCCACAACCUUGGCCUUGCUAAUGCUAGUCAGUGUGUUUCCUGAACAGCUUAAUUGCAAAUGUUUGACCAAACAUACAAUUAUCCACUGAAAAUUCUCAUUAUGUACUUUUCCAAAUCAACACUUUCAGUAAGUCCUGUUUUUUUUUUUGUUGUUGUUGUUUUUUUUGUCUUGCUUGCCUGUUUUAAAUAUUGCUAUUGUAAAUUCAACUUCGAAUGUAAGUGCCUAGUCACUUAGUGUCAGUGUGGUGGUUACUGUGUUGAUGAUAAUGAUGAUGGAUGAUCAUGACGAUGAUUGGUCCUUUACUCUCAUCACAGCACCUUCACUCAUAGCAUAUGAGUGGACAACACAGUUUUUGCAGGACUCUCAUAAAUGUGAAAGGUGUUUUCUCAUUGCAGGACAUUCUGAAGAAAGCACAUAUUCACCUAACAACCCACUGCAACUCCUCAGCUGGACUUUCUUCAUUGCAACCCCAUGGGGAGGUUUUUGCUUACAUCAUUUCCUAAAGCACCAUCACUGCCAGAGAUACACAGCUAUCCUAGGCACACAAAUUUCUUCAAACAAAAUGGCAGAACAGAAAAGUCUGCAGUUGCUCUGGCAUGUCCCCUCUACAUAUUUUCCGGUAGAAAUGGUUUGUUGAGUCGUAACUGUGUUAGGUUGAAAUGGAACGUAUAGACUCUGCAGCAAUUCUGGAUAUGGAAGAUGCUGUAUAGAAUAUUGAACACUGAUUAUAAUUUAGAGGCACAAGUGCCAUAUUCAGCACAAAACUAUGCAUGGAAUAUUUCUAAAGAGUUUUACUGAGUUUUUACUGCUUUUAGUUUAUAAUUUCAAAGAUGAUGAUCAGUAGGUCAACAUAAUGGAAAGGAGGACAUGAGGUCCUGAAUCACUCAAUAAAUGUUCAGU